UUCCUUUAACAGCUUCCUUGUCUUGCAUGCAGCUUUAAUCUGUUCCUUAUGCUACCCCUAGCCUUUUCUCUUUCUCGGCAAAUCAUUCUAGGAAGGAGGAAUAUCUUAAGAUACUGGCACAAACCUCCUGCCCGUAUGUCUGCUUUGCUCAUCAAUCAGCCCCAGUAUUCCUGGUUGAAAGAUCUGGGACUCAAAGAAGAAAAUGAAGGCGUGUAUAAUGGGACCUGGGGUGGAAGAGGAGAGGUUGUUACAAGCUACUGCCCAGCUAACAAUGAGCCUAUAGCAAGAGUCCGUCAGGCCAAUCUGGCAGAUUAUGAAGAAACAUUAAAAAAAGCCAAAGAAGCUUGGAAGAUAUGGGCAGAUAUGCCAGCCCCUAAACGAGGAGAAAUAGUAAGACAGAUUGGCGAAGCCUUGCGACAGAAGAUCCAAAUCUUAGGAAACUUGGUCUCUUUGGAGAUGGGAAAAAUCUUAGUGGAAGGUGUUGGAGAAGUUCAGGAGUAUGUGGAUAUCUGUGACUAUGCUGUUGGUUUAUCACGAAUGAUUGGAGGACCCAUCUUGCCUUCAGAAAGACCUGGCCAUGCCCUCAUUGAACAGUGGAAUCCUUUGGGCUUAGUUGGAAUCAUCACUGCAUUCAACUUCCCAGUGGCUGUGUAUGGCUGGAAUAAUGCCAUUGCUCUGAUUUGUGGGAAUGUCUGCCUUUGGAAAGGAGCACCAACGACUCCGCUCAUUAGUGUAGCUGUCACAAGGAUAGUGGCCAAAGUUUUGGAAGACAACAAUUUACCUGGUGCAAUCUGUUCCAUGACAUGUGGUGGUGCUGAUAUUGGCACAGCAAUGGCCAAAGAUGAGCGGGUAGAUCUGCUGUCCUUCACAGGAAGCACCCAAGUGGGAAAACUGGUGUCAGUCAUGGUCCAAGAGAGGUUUGGGAGAAGUUUGUUAGAGCUUGGAGGAAACAAUGCUAUUAUUGUUUUUGAAGAUGCAGACCUCAGUUUAGUUAUUCCUUCGGCUCUUUUUGCGGCUGUGGGGACAGCGGGCCAAAGAUGUACAACUGCUAGACGCCUGUUUUUGCAUGAAAGCAUCCAUGAUGAAGUUGUGGACAAACUUAAAAAGGCAUAUGCACAAAUUCGUAUUGGAAAUCCGUGGGAUUCUAAUGUCCUUUAUGGGCCUGUCCACACCAAACAGGCAGUAAACAUGUUCCUUGGUGCAGUGGAAGAUGCCAAAAAGCAAGGUGGCAUAGUGGUCUGUGGUGGGAAGACUAUAGAUCGUCCUGGAAAUUAUGUAGAGCCAACGAUUGUGACUGGUCUUGAUCACGAUGCAUCCGUUGUGCACAGAGAGACAUUUGCUCCUAUCCUUUAUGUUUUAAAAUUCAAGAAUGAAGACGAGGUCUAUACAUGGAAUAAUGAAGUAAAACACGGUCUUUCAAGUAGUAUCUUCACAAAGGAUUUGGGCAGAAUCUUUCGAUGGCUUGGGCCUAAAGGAUCAGAUUGUGGCAUUGUAAAUGUCAAUAUUCCGACAAGUGGUGCUGAGAUUGGAGGUGCAUUUGGAGGUGAGAAGCAUACUGGUGGUGGCAGAGAAUCAGGAGGUGAUUCAUGGAAGCAAUAUAUGAGACGAUCUACUUGCACCAUCAACUACAGUAAAGACCUUCCUCUGGCACAAGGAAUCAAGUUUCAGUAACAGUAUUUUGGGUUAAUAUGACACCCACACUUACCUCUUUAAGAGGUAAAUCAUGGGCCUCUUUUUGUCAUUUGAAAGUGGAAAAUAAAGUUGCAAAAAAAGCACAAAGACAUUUAGUGAAAGAUGGAUUGGAAUUGUGCAUCAUUCCCAUUUUCUUUUUUAGAGGCCAAUCUUGAAUGUAAAAUCUGCAUUCAUUUGCUUAAGAACGGUGAGAAUCUGACUAAUCCACUCUUUGAAAAGAAAACACAUGUUAAUAAACUUGAACAAUAUUUAUAGGACAGUAGGAAAUGGUAACCAUAUUUCUGAUAAUAGAGGCCUUACACAAAACAGAUGUUUUAACCUGCCUAUUUCUAUGGUCAUUCCUUUCAUUUCAAGUGAAAACUUAUUUUAAUCAGAGAAUCUUUCAAACAAGAAGUUGAUGGUGAAAGAAAGUCUCCAAGACUGUAUUCACCAGCGUUAUGCUUAGGCACAACAGUUGUGCCUAAGUGGCUUAGGUUUUUAGAAAUAUUGUCAUGGGCGCUAUUGAUAAUAUGAAAUAAAUAUGACUGUAUGUUGAUUUAGAGGUAUGUAUAGGAUAGUCUCAUGCUUGUCACUGUGAUGAUCUUCAAUUUAGUCUUGAGGUCAUGUGGGUCUGUGGAUUAGUAGAUUUCUAAAAUACAGGCCUCACAUAAUUCCUCCCCUCCAAGUUCACAAUCUGGGACUGAAGAUCACUGAAAUAAAUCUUGUGUGGAUUUUAUAAAGAAAAUAUAUUUUGAUCAUCAGGUUUUUCUGUUUUUAUAACUCAUCUAAUUGAGAUUCCAUAUGAUUAAGGAUUUCAAUAUAGGUUUCUAUAGGUUAGAGUUAACUAUAAAUACUAGCAAUAGUUAUGUGAAAGGCUCUAAAUAUAUCAUGAUAAUACUAACAUGUUGUAUUUCAAUCAGACAUGCUCAUUUCCAGGGCAUCUUAAUCAAGUAAACUUGAUCAAAUUGGAUUUAAGAGUGUUACCUGUAGGAAGAAGAGCAGCGUUUGGAUGAUUUUUCUAAAUAAUUGUGUAUGGUUCUUGUUUAAAGUUUGGCCUCUCAUACUCUUGCACAGUAUACAGUGGUUUUCCAGGUUGUGCAUAAAUAUAGAUGGUGUCUGUACUGGAUUUGAAGUUGCUUAUAUUUUUGAUUGUUCUUCUUACCAAUAACUUCUCAAAAGAUCACUUAUGUUUCUAAAAUGCCUUGAAUUGCUAUGGCCCUUUUUGUAUACUACUAAUUUCAAGUUUUUUCUAAGAGGAGAAUAAGUUCCAAUUUGUGACACUAAAAUAAUUUCAUAUAACUAAGAAUACUUUCUACAAUGAAUUUUCUAGCAAUAACAAAAAAUUAAACAUUUCCUCUUUUUCCUUUGA